CAAUGCACGGCAGCUCGGAGGAGGGGGAAAUGCGUGCUUAACACUACCCCCAAAAAUAUUAAUUAAGUGGUUUUAGCAAACCGGUUUGCUUGGAUUUCCCGCCUAUAUAAUAUCGAAGCGGUUUUUCCAGCAGUAGUUAUUUGUUACGUGCAAGGAACAGAAUUAUUGGUGGUACUUGAGCAUACGGUUAUUCUGAAGCCAGAAGUCGUGGGAUCGAACCCCUCCACUUUAAUUUAUUGACUACUUCUUCUUUUUUUUUUGCCGCGAACAAUUUCUUUCAGGUGAAGAAAUCCUACUUGAUUGAGUAAACGCCCUGUUAAAUCAAGUUGAGCAGAGACAAUUAUUAGCGUGCUUCGGCCCAAAUUGGCUAUAACUGCAAAUAUACGUGUAAUUGAAUGAGAAUUAGAGGGGAUGAGGAAUGAAGUUGGGGUUAGAAGAAGGAACAGCAGGAAGGGCAGCUUCUUCCCUACUUCAUUCCGUGUUAUUUCCAGCUACCUCAAGACUGUCUCUGGAAAUGCCAGUUCUAUUGCUUCUACUGUCUGCUCUGCAGGGGCCUCCGUUGCAUCGUCAGUCGCCCAUACUGAAGAUGACCUCGAGCGAGAACAGGUGCAGUGGGCUGGUUUUGAUAAACUAGAGCUUGGUGCAGGGAAUGUUCGACAUGUGCUCUUGCUGACAUAUAAAAAUGGUUUCCAAGUUUGGGAUGUUGAGAAUGCGGAUAAUGUACAGGAAUUGGUCUCAAAACGGGAUGGUCCAGUUGCAUUCUUACGAAUGCAGCCUGAACCAAGUAAAUUGGAGCCAGAAGUUGAAUGUUUUCAAGAUUCUCGGCCUCUAUUAUUAGUUGUUACAGAAGAUGAAACUACUGGUGGAGACAGUGUUCAAGGUGGGUUUGGCACUGGAUAUGAUGGUGAUGAAGGCAGUCCUACCCAAACAGGAAGCAGCUAUCCUGUUCCCACAGUUAUUCAAUUUUAUUCCUUCAGAUCACACACUUAUGUGCAUGAAUUGAAAUUUCGGUCAGCUAUUUAUAUGGUUCGUUGCAGCACAAAUAUCAUUGCUGUAGCCCUUGCUACACAAAUAUACUGUUAUGAUGCAGCAACUCUUGAAACAAAAUUCAGUUUGCUUACAUAUCCCAUACCACAAGGUGGACAAGGACCAUUGGGUCUAAACAUAGGGUAUGGUCCAAUGGAUGUGGGCCCAAGGUGGUUGGCAUAUGCUGCUAAUCAUGCUAUGGUUCAAAAUACUGGUCGUGUUAGUCCCCAAAAUCUUACUCCAUCACCAGGUGUCAGCCCAUCAACAUCACCUGCAAAUGGAAGCUUAGUUGCACAUUACGCAAAAGAAUCUAGCAAGCAAAUUGCUGCUGGUAUCGUGACCAUUGGAGACAUGGGAUUUAAGAAAUUAACUAGAUACUGUUCCGAGCUUCUCCCUGAUGAUUCUAGUUUUCCAGGAUCAGGAAGCACAAACUGGAAAAACAAAAGUAAUGGUUUUGCAGGCCAUACAUAUGAGCCAGAAUACGCAGGCAUGGUGGUUGUUAGAGAUUUCGUAAGCAAAUCAAUUGUUGCCCAAUUUAGAGCCCAUAACAGCCCUCUUUCUGCAUUGUGCUUUGAUCCCAGUGGUACUCUUCUUGUUACUGCAUCCAUACAUGGGCAUAGUCUCAAUGUAUAUCGCAUUAUGGCUCCUUCAAUAGAAAGUGGCUUGCGGCAUACUUUAGGUGAUCCGAAUAUGUCACAUGUGCAUCUGUACAAACUCAAUCGAGGGCUGACAAAUGCAGUUAUACAGGAUAUCAGCUUCAGUUAUGAUAGUCAUUGGAUUGCCAUUAGCACAUUGAAAGGAACAACUCAUUUGUUUGCUAUAUCACCAUAUGGUGGGGUCGUCGGUGCACAUACCCAUGGGGAUGGUAGCAUGAAUGGAAGUAGGAGGUGUGUUUUAGCACCGAGUUCUACACUCCCCUGGUGGUCAAACAAUGAGCCGUUGAAGAUAAAUCAGCAAGCUCUUUCACCACCUCCACAUCCUAUUAACUUGUCUGUUGUGACUAGGAUAAAGAAUGGUAAUGGCAUGUGGCAUAAUCCUGUAAGUAGCGCUGCAGCUGUUGCAACAGGCAAGAUGAAAUCUCCUGCUGUUGCUGCACUUUUCCACAAUAGUAGUGGUUGUAAUGUUGAAAAUGAUCUGGGAAAAUCCCUCUCAAAGGAUCAGCUAUGGGUAUUCUCUUCCUCUGGUCAUCUUAUACGAUAUGCUUUUCACACUACUGGGCAUGAAUAUGUCUCCCACAGCAGUAAUGGUGGAAUUGGUGUUCACCCUUCUGGGCCAAGCCAAACACAGGACUUCGGAGUUUUUGUUGAGCCACUUCAAAAGUGGGAUGUAGCUCGGAAAUUAAACUGGGUAGAGAGGGAAGAGAAUGUUGAUAAUCUUUCUUGUGAAACUCUUGCUGGGGAAAUAAGUCAGAGAGGUUUGGAGGGUUAUGGAAAUUCAACAGCUAUUUCUAACUCUACCGACAAUGAAAGUUCUGAGAAAGAAGAAAUAAUAGCUAAAGAGAAGCAUUGUGAGUACAUCUCAAAUGCGGAAAUGCAGACACACCAGAGGUGGCCUCCAGUCUGGGCAAAAUCUGAGAUAUGCUUUUAUUCGAUGAUAUCAAAGAGUACAAAUGAGGAAAGUUCUGAUGUAGUCGGCUCUGAUGGGGAAAUAGAUAUUGAGAAUAUCCAAACUUGUAUAGUUGAAUCAAGGAAAACAGACUUAGUGCCUGUGUUUGAGCCUCAUCAGAACUUCAAAAAUUUGCAGGAGAAAAGAGAAUCUGAGUCAGAAGUCUAUUCAGUUGUUUCACCUUUGCAGUUCCAUUGGAUGAAAGAUGGAUCCAUACAAGAUAGCAUAGAUGAUCAUUUACAAGUUUCAAGCGGUGGAAGCAGUUAUAAUUCUCAAGAUGGUUGUUUUCAUGGGAACCCAAUGAUUAGGAAUGGCUUUCUUCAUGCUAAUCAAGAUUCUGAAGAACAUAUGAAAGGCAUGCUUUUCUUAGAUUCUCUAUCUGGGCAUUAUCUGAAACAUGGUCCAACAUCACCAGACAUAGAAGAAAUAUCUAUAUCUUUAAGGAAGCUAAGGCUUCCAAAUCGGGAAUUUAAUGGCAAAUACCAUUCUCAAACAGGAAAACUUGUAAGCAUUGAGUCUCCACCCAUGGAUAUCGCUGUCGGUGGCAAUGGUGUUGUGUUCAACAUGCAGAUAUCUGAAGAAGUCAGAGUAGCUGGUAGCCUGAAGAGUUUUUCCAUGCACGAAUCUGGCAUCAACAAGAAACAACUAACCAAACAUGAUGUCACUGAUCGUCCUCAGCUUGUUUCUAGGGGACAUAUAUUAAACAGCGGAGUCUCCCAAGGAGGUGUGCUUAUUAAACCACACUUGGCUUGUGACAGUAGAUUAAUGUGUUUUAAUACAAAUGAUUGGGUUGUAGGUUCAGAGGGGGAAACUGGUUCCCUAUCUCCCAAUUUAUAUGAUACAAGUAUCCCAAUGCAUGGUGUAAAUGCAGACUGUAGGUGCCCUGUGGGAAAUGAACAUUUAGGUAUCGAGCCAGUAAAUAAGAAAGAUCAUUUUCCAAGCAUCAAGGGUACUGAAUUCAGUAGCAGGAUGGCCACUCCAAUAAAGGAGCAAGAUGAAAUUGGCUGGGAGGGAAGUGUAUUCCCUUUCUGUGUGGAAGAUUGAGCACAUGGUUGUCAAAGAACUUGUGCUGGCAUUCAUGCAAUUAACCGUGGGCUACUAUUUCUUAAGUGAUAAUUUUCGAAAGAGGUUUCAAUUUCUAGAACAGCUGAUUCAAACUGGAAAAAUGCUCUUUUAACAGCAUGAAGGAAGAUGAUGAUCAACUUAGUGUGUUGGGAUCAUCUUCAACUACAUCUCCAAGAAUCCCUCUUAUGGGUACCGUGGUUCAUAAUUUCAGAGAGUUCUACCUUUGGGUCUUGGUUCGAACCACAUUGUUUUCAUAUUUCAUUUUCUGGAGAUUAGCUUCUCUAUAUAAUCGGAUUUAUGCUGGAAAUGACUUUGACAGAUUUUACUGUGGAGAGGAAUAUGGGGCAAAAAAUGGGGGAGACCUAUCAAAGGCUAAUUAUUUAUAUAGAUCCUUCCCAUCAAAUUGGUUUUCAGCUUGUAUUGAAUGUUUCAAGCUCAAAUUAUCAUUGGAAGCAUCUCAAAAAAAUUCAAGCCAGUUCAUAAUAGUUUGAAGAGCAAAGGAAGAAAAAUGAUGCUCCGAACUCAUAUUACAAAGGGAAGCAAUGACCUUUGUGAAGAACUUUAUUGCGUGUGUAUAUUGUAAAUAGCUCAAUUGUGCAGUGAUUUUUUAGACAUGCAUGGCACUUGCAAAAAGGAUCCUCAUCAUUGCCUAAAUUAUAUUUUACUGUCAAUUAUAGAUUAGGUUUGUGCAUUUAUUACAAGACAACACACAAUGGAAUAUUCAUCAAUGGCACCUAAAACAUUCACGAUUAGUCGUGCAAGUGGCUUACUAGGCAACUCCACACUUUUCCUCGUGCCUUGCUUCUAUGGGGAUAAGAUGUUUAUCCUCGGUGCCUCAUCUUGCAGUUACGGUGCUAAAUUAAGACAGUUCAUUUUAA